AGAACCAUACGGUACAAGCAGGAUUGGUAUCAGGGAAACCUAAGGACAUACGUUCAGUGUUUACUUUUGUGUGCACCCGUGCUGCCGCUAUGUGAUCAUUGGAAAGCCCCUAUUUUCAUCUUCAUCUUCUUCUAACUCUCCUCACCAAUGGAUACCGAGUUCGAACUCUUUGAUGACGACAAGUCCGAUGUCAAUGCGCCUCCAUCGUACCAUGCAGUUUCCAUGUCCUCAAUAUCAGCAGAUUCCGUCCAAUGCGAACCAUCAUUCGUAUUUUCCAAGGCACAGACCAAGCAGAUACGGACCACCGUUCUAUCUCUCAUCCGUGGUAUGGUCAUCACACCGGAUUUCAUUCUUUCCUCUGUCGGCCCAACUCUCGACGCCUGCGCUACUUCUCUCCCAGCUGCAGAGUUCACAGACAUCCUUCAAGAAUCCAAUAUCGAAGGUCACACUCCCUUGUAUUGGGCCAUUGUGAAUAAACGGCCAGAAGUUCUUUCGGCUUUUCAUAAAUUCAUCACUGCAUACAAGAAUGAUUCCUUCCACGACGUGCGUCUAGCAUGUAUGGUAACUAACGACCAUACAUUAUUCACGAAGUUGUCAUUGACAUCCGCUCGGCUUCAUAAGAUGGAAAGGACUUUGAAUCUAUCUUUAGGUUGUGCGGAUGAGAUUCAGGUGUAUGAAGGAGAUACAGAGAAUCAAUUCACUGCCAAAAUGCAGAUCACGAUGUUCCAGACACGCAUACGCGUUGUGCAGAAAUUGCGCAUGGAAUUUAUCGCGCAAGGACGCAUAUGGGGCUUGCUCUUCCAUGUAGGAGAUGAUACGAGAUGGGAAGCCAGCAUUUAUCUUUCUAAGCAUAGCUUGCCAGCGCGUCCAAAAGCUCUUCUUACGGUAGAGGCCCAGAACGAGCAGCAUCAAGUUCUGAAAAAGGAGUUCAAAUUGAAGGAAGGCUGUUUCCUUGCAGCCUCGGAAUACACCAACUUUUCCAUCCGUACUUGCACCUCCACCUCUGCUUCGUUGGGCAGUUGGCCGAUAUUCAACGAUACCAUAUAUAUGGACUCCAAUGGCACCCUGCAUGCAAAAUUGGAUGUGGCAUUACAGUAGUACUGGUUGACAGCGAGAAGAGGUGGCCUGGGACGGUGUAGCUUAAGGACGGUCAGAUAUGUCUACUAGAUAUUGCUAUAAGAC